AGCGGACUCGUUUGAUUCUAUACACCCACAGAGCUGUCUUCUAAAAAAAGGGCUGAAAUUAUUUCAAUUUACCGUAUGCUAAGCGUGUUGUGCGUGCUGCGGUGUGCGCUCUCUGCGACUCAUAUCCACCUGAAUGGCGUGAGGGAACGUUUCGGUGGCUCCGUUUCGUCUGAGAGCCGCGCGGACGACCAAACAGGCCUUGCAAGCUCUUCCGCUGAGAUGGACCGCGCGGAGGCGAUCGAGAGCUUCAGCAAUGAGGUUUUCGGCUGCGGAAACAAGCACUUAAAGAAUGUGGAAACGUUGACGGCACUCCCGGAAGGGUUGCAUUCCUUCCCAGAAAUCUGCUUCAUCGGAAAGCCAAAUUGCGGAAAGUCGAGCCUUAUCUCCUGUCUGCUGCAUAACGCACGUCUCGGAAAGGCUGGUGCAACUGGUGGCACGACCCGCCUCCUCCAAUUUUUCAAUGUGGGCGAUGCUCUUCUUCUUGUGGAUACCCCCGGCUACGGCGGAUGGAAAUGGCGAAAACUUGAUGAGCCGCUGGCGGCGAGGGCGAAUGCCUUUUCCAUCUUGUUUCGCUAUCUGGCGCUGCGCAAUGGCAGUAAUUUAAAGCGAGUUUAUUGGCUAAUGGAAGCCAGUGCCCGAUCGCCCGUUUCCUUUCAACCGCGCGACGAAGAGAUAUUGGCGUUUCUCUCGCGCGAGCGCAUUCCUUUCAGUGUAAUUUUGACAAAGAUUGACCGACACUGGCGCCUUUGCGCCGAUCAGCAACGAAAGACGGCAGUCAUCGGCAAAGACGGCCUGGUGCAUCCUGGACACGUUAAACCGAAGGGGUCCAGUUACUGCUGCACAACUCUUCCCGAAGAAGGCGUGGCGCGGAACAUGCGCGAGGUCUUCGGCUUUCUUGGAACGGACACCGUCCCCAUUUUGGGUGUCAGCGCUAAUCGCGAACAGCCUGCCCGCUCGCGCAACAUUGAGAUUUUGCAGCACGACAUUGCGCAUUACUGCACACAGGAUCUGCUGCCCGGCGAGACGCCUACGCUGACAAACCUGCGCAAGCUCAGUUACGCGCCUCCUUCAGCCGACCGCAUUCAAGAAAUACAGCUCCGAUAUCCGGUCGAGUCGUUUGUUGUUCCGCAGAAUAACAAUUUGUCAUUGGCGCGGAUGGUAGAGCAGCACGAGGAGAUGAAAGCGCAUCUUUUAGAGCGUCACGUGUCCGCGGGGAGACUGACCGCCAAGGAAGUCGCGGCCUGUCACCUCGGAAGCGUUGGUGAUGCGGUGCAGGCCAUCGAAGACGAGACCCUGCAGCGCUCCCGUUUGGGCGACGUCAUCCCCUCGACAACUUUUCUCUUCGAGGUGCCCUCACAUUCGGUUGAGCUUUUCGCAGAUGGGAAGGGGAACGCCGUGGAGCUAGCGGGGCAGUUGACGGAGAGUGGGCGUGACACGUGCAGCAACAACACCACCUCGGUAUGGCGUGAGCCCGGCACUUCGAAUACGGUGCGGGAUGCGAUAUCGAUGGUGGAGAAAGGAAAUCGUCCCUUUCGCAUUCGGCCGUCACUCGCCUCAAGGCCAUCUUCUUUGUCAGCGCAAGCGGAGCAAUGGCAUGCCGUGCUGGGUUCUGCGUGGGAAUCACAACGCUCUCCCGUAGAAGUACAUGUCAGUGAUGAAAAAGUGGGGCAAGUCGAGAACGCAGCUGAUACGGCCGUGGAAAGGUCAGAGCCCUCACUGUCUGACGGACCCGUACACCCUGCUUUUCUGUCCGAUGUUACCACCAUUACACCGCCUACCACACCAACGGGGAAUGCGCAUGAGAGAAACGAUAUUUUAUUACAAGAGCGCUCGCCCUCUUCCUUGUCCCUCCCUGCCAUGCUGAACCCACAUGCAAACUACGUCACAGCCAUUGACGGGACACGGAUCCCACGCAGCAUGAUCUCCGUCUCCGUGGAGAAGCUCGCCGUGAACAAAGAAGACGAGUUGACCCACUUCGCCACCAAAUCAGGAGCCGGGGCCUAUGAGGAACUUUUGCUUCUGGACCAGGAGGACGAGGGCACUGCUGAUCCCUUUACUGAGACAGACGGCUUCGCGCGCCUGCCGGAAGUUGUGCAAACCAAAUUGCUGGACACAAAGCAGUGUCGCACCCGUUCCGCAGCUCGGAGGCAAGAAGAGCGUUUUCUGGCCAAGUAUGUAGCGAAGAAACGCAAGGCGAGGUCGAUUUCUAUGCACGCGGAAGGGUACAUGUGCCCUUGGCUGGGCAUCUCAGAGAAGCGCGACGUCGUGCGCGGAGUAGCUGGCAACCAUAACCUGGGCACAGGCGGUGCCGUCAUCCGGGGACUCAAGCAGACGGGCUUUGGAGGGAAGAGUUAUUCCGCACGUACCAUGAAGCACAGAGGCCGCGCAACAGCGAAGACUGGAUCAUGGGCGGCCUAA